UCUAUCGUCAUCUUAUCCUUGACGCUUUCGAGAAGCUUUUCAUCUCUUGUUGCCCUCCAUGGCUGUUCCUCUCUCUAUCUCAUCAAACUCUCUCCUCUCCCGCCAAAAUCACCGUCUCUCCUUCCCUUCCACUUCAUUCAAGGGAAAUGUGAGCGUCUUAGGACAACACCCAUCUCCGAUCCUUUCUCUGAAACUCCACUACAAUCGUAGAGUUGGAAAACAACAGCAAAUCGCGAGACCUCUCGUUGUGCUGAACCAAACCACAGCUGCUACCUCUUCUUCGCCGGGAGCAGUAAGUUCAGAGAGGUUCCGUCUGGAUAACCUCGGACCCCAACCUGGUUCGAGAAAGAGGGCGAAGAGAAAGGGUAGAGGUAUCUCCGCGGGACAAGGAGCGAGCUGUGGGUUCGGGAUGAGAGGGCAGAAGUCACGGUCUGGUCCUGGCAUCAUGAGAGGUUUCGAAGGAGGACAAACCGCUCUUUAUCGCCGUCUUCCCAAACUCAGAGGAAUCGCCGGGGGUAUGCGUGCAGGAUUACCUAAGUACGUACCAGUGAAUCUCAAAGACAUUGAAACUGCUGGGUUUGAAGAUGGAGAUGAAGUGUCACUAGAGACACUGAAGCAAAAGGGUUUGAUCAAUCCUUCUGGAAGGGAAAGGAAACUCCCUCUUAAGAUUCUUGGCACUGGAGAACUUAGCGUGAAGCUCUCCUUCAAAGCUCGUGCGUUCUCAACAUCAGCAAAGGAGAAACUUGAAGCUUCAGGUUGUACACUCACUGUGUUGCCCGGAAGAAAGAAAUGGGUGAAGCCAUCUGUUGCUAAGAACCAAGCACGAGCAGAUGAAUACUUUGCUAAGAAGAGAGCGGCUGCAGCUGAAGCAGCAGCUUCAGAACCUGCAGCUUCUGCUUAAUCUUCUUCAUUUUCAAGCUCUUCAAUGUUGUAAAGCUGCAGAGAUAAUUUAGCUUUGUCUAUGAGAAGCCUUCCUUAAUCUGCAUUUCCUUUUUCUCUUAUGUAUGUUGAAGAACUUUACAGUUUGUUGUAUACAUUAUUUUUCAAUCUCCAACAAAAUGUUAAGAAUAGGUUACUAUUC